AUGUCUACGAAUCACUUUGAACCGAGGAAGAAACCUCUGGACACGUUUUUCUGGGUAAACGAGGUCACCGGAGAAGUCACCUACCCGCCCCUAGAGGCGGAUGUGCCCGCAGCUCCUCCGGAGAAGCCCCAGGAGGCUCCCCCCGGGGCCCAGGGCCGGGCCAGCUCGCCGUCCCCUUCCACGGCUCCGCUCAGACACAGGGCCGCCGGAUACACCCUGCCAUCCGCCCUGCCCCGCCCGCUGCCGAAAGCUGGAGCCAGGGGCCCCCCGCGGCUCUCGGCGGCUCCGCUCCUACCACCAGGGGGCGCUCCGCCCCUAUUCCAGCCCCUGGGGCCCGCGCCGCCCCCGCCAGCCGCGGCCUUCCCUCCCUGCCCCUCUGUCCUCUGGGCCUACACCUGCAAGCUGAAAAACGUCCUCACUGGGAACAACCGGUUUUCCUUUUGA